CCCAAAAUUGCAUUUGUGUUCCCCAUUUUCGACAGUCGUCACUCGUUGAUUUCGCAUCUACGAAGCCAUUAAUACCGCUUUUCCAGUACUGGGAAUCAUAUUAUUACACUCCUCGACAUUUGCGAGCCUCACAGUCGGUCGAUCACGUGAAGUUUGCCUUCAUAAUUUCGUCGAGCGGUCCCACUACGACCGGAGGACUAAGAUAACUUUCCUCAAUUCCAUCAUACCUACAGGCGAGACGGACUCCAUACGCGACCAUUACACCACUUCGAUAUAGUUUGACGAUCAUCGACACGAGAAAGCAAUUUCCAGAUACUCUUAGCAAUCAUGGCUCCGAAAACAAAAGGGAGCAAAGGUGGUGAUGAUUGGGAUGAAGGUCUGGGGGAGGUCGCCGACCCCAUUGCUGCAGCCACCCAAGCAGCAAAGGACGAGGAAGCCGCCGGUGAUGCCGAAGAGGGUGACAACACUGGAGGAGGUGGAUUACUGGCGGCACUGAAGAAGAACCGGGGUAAGAAGCAGAAGAAGGGCAAGGCUGUUGCCGAUUUGGAUGAUCAGGACGAAGAUGGGGACGCCACCGGACCCGUGGAUCUGGCAUCGAAAGCUCCGGUCGAAGCGAGCAUGGACGAUGAGGAUCUCUAUUCCCAACCGAAGAAGGGCAAGGGCGGGAAAGCCGGUGGCAAGUACCAGAAAGCCGAACCGGCCGAUGACGAUGAGGACGAUCAACCGGGCGGAAAGAUGAAGUCCAAGAAGGAAAAGGAAAAGGAGAAGAAGGAAAGGGAAAAGCAGCGGAAGAAGGAACAGGCUGCAAAGAAGAAGACUGCCGGACCCAUACGAACGCCAGCACCACAACCUGCGAAGGCCGAAGAGGCCAAACCCGAACCUAGUGCAACCCCUGAUGUAGCGGCUGGGGGCAAAAAGAAGAAGGUCCCCGCUGCACUGGCUGCCCUUCAGAAACAGCAGGAAGAACGACGUUUGAGAGAAGAGCAGCUAGCUAGAUUGGAAGCCGAAGAGAAAACCAAGGAAAUCGAACGUAUGCGCCUGGAAGAAGAAGAGAAUAAACGGAAGGAAGAACAGAAGGCGGCGAAGAAGGCCAAGGAGAGGGCCAAGAUCGAACAGCUCAAGAAAGAGGGCAAGUUCAUGACGAAGGCACAAAAGGAGGCCGCCGAGCGCAAUAAGAUCCGAAUGCAGCAGAUGCUGGAAAGCGGAGGCGCGAAGGUCCUUGGACUGGAGGCGGGCGCUGAGAAGAAAAAGCCCGUAUACGACAAUCGGAAGCGAAAGGGGGGCAAGAAAGGUGUCCAGGAGAAGAAAGAGGAGCCCGUUGAUGAAACCGCCAAACAGCUCGAGGAGACACACAUUGAGGAACCGGUUCAAGAACCUGAGCCUGUCGAACCAGAGGAGGAAGACGCAGGCUUGGAGGAUUGGGAGACCGAGGCAGCCAAGCUGGAGGGUGUUAAGGAUAGCUGGGAUGCCUCAUCCGAAGAGGAAGAAGAACUGAAGCCUGGAGCUCGCGGGAAAGCGGCCGCCGCGAACGGAAAGGCUCUGGCCGAAGAGUCGUCAGAAGAGUCCUCGGAAGAGGAGACAGAAGACGAAGAGAAGCCAUCCGUGGCUGCCAAAGUCGUUUCGGCGAGGAAGGCGGAGGCAGAGGAACGGCGAAAGAAGAAGCACGAGGAAGCAUUGGCAGCUCGGUCAGCAUCCAACCUUCGAUCCCCUAUUUGCUGUAUUCUUGGGCACGUCGACACCGGAAAGACGAAGCUUCUGGACAAGGUCCGACAGACGAACGUCCAAGAAGGCGAGGCUGGUGGUAUCACUCAACAGAUCGGUGCGACUUACUUCCCCGUGGAGGCCCUGCAGAAGAAGACGGCCGUCGUCAACCAAGAUGGCAAAUUCGAGUUCAAAGUUCCCGGCCUUCUCGUCAUCGAUACGCCUGGUCACGAGUCUUUCACCAAUCUUCGGUCUCGUGGGUCCUCGCUUUGCAACAUCGCCAUUCUCGUCGUCGAUAUCAUGCACGGCCUCGAACCUCAGACGCUCGAAUCGAUGAAACUCCUGCGUGAGCGAAAGACGCCGUUCAUCGUGGCGUUGAACAAGAUCGAUCGUCUGUUCGGAUGGAAGCAGAUCGCCAACAACGGCUUCCAGAACAGCUUGUCGAUGCAGAACAAGGGCUGCCAGGGCGAGUUCCGUGAUCGAUUGGAGAAGACCAAGCUGGCGUUCGCCGAGCAAGGGUUCAACUCAGAGCUGUUCUACGAGAACCGGUUCAUGGCGCGGAACGUCUCUCUUGUCCCGACGUCCGCGCAUACCGGCGAAGGUAUCCCCGACCUUCUGAAGCUGCUCGUCAAUCUUUCACAGGAGCGGAUGACCAAUUCCCUGAUGUAUCUGUCGGAGGUGGAGGCGACGGUCCUUGAAGUCAAGGUCAUCGAGGGUCUGGGUACCACCAUCGAUGUCAUCCUGUCGAACGGUGUUCUGCGCGAAGGCGACCGAAUAGUGCUAUGCGGUCUCAACGGAGCCAUCACUACCAACAUUCGAGCGCUGCUAACGCCGGCGGAGAUGAAAGAGCUCCGUGUCAAGUCACAGUACGUUCACAACAAGGAAAUCAAAGCUGCCAUGGGUAUCAAGAUAUCCGCCGACGGCCUCGACUCCGCCAUCGCCGGUUCCCGCCUCCUCGUGGUGGGCGAGGACGACGACGAAGAGGAUCUGGAGGAGGAGGUCAUGUCCGAUCUCGAGAACCUGCUCUCCCGCAUCUCCAAGACCGGCAAAGGCGUCAGCGUGCAGGCUUCCACCCUGGGCUCCCUGGAAGCGUUGCUCGAGUUCCUCCGCGUCUCUAAAAUCCCAGUGGCCAACAUCAGCAUCGGGCCCGUGUACAAGCGUGAUGUCAUGCAAGCCGGCGUCAUGCUGGAGCGCGCUCCGGAAUACGCCGUGAUGCUCUGCUUCGACGUGCGCGUCGACAAGGAGGCGGAGAAAUACGCCGCCGACGUCGGGGUCAAGAUCUUCACCGCGGACAUCAUCUACCACCUAUUCGACGACUUCACCAACCAUCUAAAGCAGCUAGCGGAGCAGCGGAAGGAGGAGAGCAAGAUGCUGGCCGUGUUCCCGUGCGUGCUGAAGCCCGUCGCGGUGUUCAACAACAAGGAUCCGAUCGUGGUGGGCGUCGACGUCAUCGAUGGCACGCUGAAGAUGCACACGCCCAUCUGCGCCAUCAAGACGAACGCGGAGGGGAAGAAGGAGAUCAUCGAUAUGGGCCGAGUCACCUCCAUCGAGCGCGACCACAAGGCCCUCCCGAUCUGCAAAAAAGGCCAGCCGUCCGUCGCGGUCAAGAUCGAAGGGCCCAACCAGCCGCUGUACGGCCGCCAGCUGGAGGAGAAGGACAUCCUGUACUCGAAGAUCUCGCGGACGACCAUCGACACGCUGAAGGAGUUCUACAAGGAGGACGUCAGCAUGGACGAGUGGCACCUGCUCAAGAAGCUGAAGCCGCUGUUCGACAUUUCGUGAGCGUGGGCAUUGGUCGCGUUGCUUUCUGCUUUCCGUUGCAUGGGCUGGGUUUCGCGGAGUGUAUUCGUCGCUCAAAAAUAUCAUGAUGGGUUUUUACUAAAUCGCACUGCUGCAACUCGUUGUCACGCCUUAAAAUUCAGAUUGUCCGCUCACGGAUGUCGUAGAUUCUACGCGACCCCGGGGUCGUAGUAUUUAGAUCAAGUAAUCGGAUGUAAAUUACAGGUUUAAAGAAGAUGGAGAGCGCAUGAUUCCCUCGCCCGUCGGUCGCCGUAUCCAAGUAUAUCGGGUAUUCGCUAGAAUUGAUGCCC